ACGAUCGGGCGGCCGGCAAUUGCUGUAAACAAAUCAACAAUCUCUCUCUAAAUUCUUUACCAAAAGUAUCUCCAAAAGAUGUUAAAUAUGCGUACAACUAUCGCUAGUAAAGUAUGGAUAAUAGCACAGUGAGUGAAAUGCCGACUGCUUCGGAGGAAAUGUCCGAUGAGACCGUGCGGGAAUUGUUAGGCAUGAGUGAGGAAGACUUCAACUAUCUGUUGAAUGAAAUAUCCGGCAAAAUCAGCAGACGAGAUACGUUUAUGCGAAAAGCAUUUACGGCUAAAGAGCGGCUUAUCGUAACACUACGCUUUCUUGCCACCGGAGAGUCCUUCAUGGCCCUCGCUAGUUUGUAUGACAUAUCUGCUUCGUCGAUCAGAACCAUCAUACCGGAGGUGUGCGAGUGUUUGAUAAAAGCAUUGAAACGUUAUGUUCAGUUUCCGCCAAGUGAAGCUGGAUGGCUGCGCGUUUCAGAGGCAUUCCAAGAUAGGUGGCAGUUUCCCCAUGCAAUCGGCGUGAUUGACGCACGGCAUGUUAAAAUCCGGAAACCGUUACACACCGACAAAGACUACCUCAACUACAAGGGCUUCUACAGCAUAGUACUGCUUGCCGUAGUAGAUGCCAGUGCCAACUUUAUGUACGUUUGCGUGGGAGGAAAGGGCAGCAUUGCGGAUGGUGGGAUGUUAAGGAAUGCUAGCUACCAUUCAAAAUUUGAACACCACGAGCUGAACGUUCCACCGCCAGCGGUGUUAGAUGAAUGGCACGCGGUAAAAAUUCCCUACAUGCUGUUAGGUGAUAAAUCGUUCCUCUUCACAGAGUAUUGUAUACGCCCGUUUGGAGGACAUAUUAAACCGGACAGUCCGGAAAGUACAUUUAAUUACCGUAUGUCGCAAGCCCGCACACCGGCAGCGGUGGCGUUUGAUGGUUUGUGUAGUAGGUUUAAAAUUUUUGGCACAAUUAUUAAUCUGCAGCCGGACAAGGCCGGCAAGGUUGUGAUGGCAGCAGUGUAUUUGUUUAAUUUUUUAAGGAGGAAAAACAGCACCGAGGAGACGUUGGGAUGUGGGAAGGGUGUGCCUGAUUCGUCAUACAUUUUGCCUAGAUUGCAAAGCAAACCGAUCAAACCUGCCUCCAGGUUGGCGAACAUUCGUUUACAGAUAGCAAACUAUAUGAUGGAGAAUAGACGCUUAGAGUAGAGGAAGAUCGUUUGGAAGAAAUAUCCAAAAGUGUUAGGAAUUGCUUAUGUUUUGUUAAGCUGAUGGAGCACUCGCUAGUUCAUGAGAUUGAUCACAAGACAAAAGGAAUACGCUGAAUAUAAUGUAGUGUUUCUAUGCAUUGA